AUGCGCCGAGGCGAGCGCUGGCGCAGGCCUCUCUUCUGGCGACGUGUGUCUCCGCGGCGGCGUUGCAUCGGAGCCGAAGCGCCGAAGUCGACCGACCACUGGCUGCAGCAGCGUUCGCUUCCGGUCGCCUGUAGCCACGCAGGAGGAGCCUGUCUCGCCUUCACCCUCGGCGAGAGUACGCGCCUCCGCGGAGUCUCCGCGUCUGCGCCUGCAGCGCGGCUCCUGGCGCGCUCCGCUCGCUGCGCUGGAGUCGGGCUCGGCGGUGGGAGCUGCGUGCGAGGCGUGCGCGUGGAGCAGGCAGUCGAGCGGAGAAGCCUUUCUUUCCCUUCCGCCUUCCCGCGCAGCUCUGCGCCGCACAGAGGGCGCCGGGGGGGAGAGCCGAGGCACACGCAAGCGGCGAAGCGUGGGACCUGUCGGGGGUCGUGCCCGUCGGCGCAGGCGUCUCCGGUCUCUCCGGAGCCGCAGGGCAGAUGCUUCUGCCACUCCAUGCUCUCGCCCGACGCCGAAGGCCCCCGCCAGCCUCCGCCCGCUGCGCCGACGUGCGGAUGCUGCGGAAGCGGCCCUUGGCAGAGUCGGCGGGGCGUCGGCGGUUCUUUGGCGAGGUGGCGAGAGGCUGCUUCGCGUCCCUGCCUGAUAGAGGCUGCGGAAGAACUUCCUUCGAAUCUACACGUCUCCUCUUCGUCGUCCUGCUCAGUCUGUUCCUGCUGCCCUCACGCGAGAGUGCCGACGGCGGCGGAUCUGGGCUCCAGUGUGAGGCAUGCGGGCGGCCAGCCGCGGACGCGGUCGGAGGCAGAUGCCGCCUGGCGCCCAAGUCGUGUCUCCUCCACGUCUGUUGCGACUGUCGGAGCUCUGCGAAGCCCCAGCGACGCAGCUCGCUUCUCGGCUCCGACGACAUGUUGUCACACCUGCUCCCCGCUGACUCCGCACUCUGCAGACCUGCCCGUCGGCAGUCCUUUGGCUUCUGCGCCUCCAGGGGCCGCCCCCAGUCGCGCCGGCGGCCAGGGGUGCAACGGGUGUCUCUUGUCCAGCCCCGCGGGGCACUCACACCGAGAGUUUUCGUCGAGAAGCGACCUCGCGCGCGCCGCCGUCGCUCGAGACUCUGAACUCUACACGCAGGCGGCGGCAACGAGCCAAGUUCCAGCGGCGAGACCCGCGCCGGCCGUCGGCUGCGCACGCGCAUGCAGAGAAAGUCCCCGCCCGACCGUCUGUGAGGCAGACCCCGGCGACGGAUGCCGCCCGGGGCAGCGCCAAGCCCCCCCUGCGGUCGUUCGGCGCCGAGUUUUUCUGCGGCCGGCAGUCGCGGCGGGUCAGGAGAGUCGCGGCCUCUGUAGGCCAGGCGAGCGGGAAGACUUGACGCCGGACGACCAUCCAGUUCGGCUCGCUUGUGUGCAGCAGCAGCGGACUGCGUCUGCAGGUCUCUCUAGGGAGGGCGUCAGUCUCCGUGGAGCGUCUGCGCUGCAGCAGCACCGAGAUCUGGGCGUCUCGCCCGUCAACCUUUCGUCUCAGCCAGUUCCCAGUCACCGCGCUCGCCACGAGCCGCGCGCAUCUUCGCAGAACGAUGCAGGCACUGAACCGCCAGCCUCCUUCAUUUCUUCAGAGGGGCGCGGGCGGGGGUCUGCGGCUGUGCCUCCAGCAGGUGGAUGGCGAAGGAGCGAAGGAAGGGACUGGAUCGAGUCGAUGCGCGCGGAGCCCGAGAGCGCCGUUUCAGCAAGGUGGCAAGAAGACGGCAGAGGCCCGACGCUUCGCACUGUCGACACGUCUGCCGCUACUCGAACUCCUUCUUUGCGCCACGGGGCAUGCUCGCACCCAGUGCCCACAACAGAGGAACCGCGGCGGCGAGCGGAAGACCUGGAUGACCUGCACGCGGUUCUCGAGCGGCAGCAGCGAGAGCUGGCAGAGCAGUUGCGCCUCCUGGAUCUGAUCGAGAUGCAGCGGCUACAGAAUGGCUCGUUGGAGCCGCCAAAGGGAGGCGUGCGGAGUUCGCAUCCCGAGACUCCGGCUGGACGCCCGGCUUUGCAGAUCGCACAGGCGGCACCGUCUCCGCCUGCCGAUGCACGAGUCUGGGAAGUCGAUCUCGAAACCGUCCGCACACGCGUUCCGUGGGAUGACCCCGCUGGCCCUCGCGGCUCUUCUCAAGUUGAGGCGGGGGGGCGGCCUGAUCGAACCCGCGGGCUCCCUCCGCACGCGGACGACCGACAGACCCGCGGCGGGGGCCUUCCACCCGCGACCCGCGCAGAAACCGCGGAAGGAGGCCUCUCCGCAGCAGAGCAACACGAACAGCGCCUGCGGGAGCUGGAAGACGUUGUGUGGAUGCUGACGGCAGCUGAGAGGAAUCGCACCGGCGCGCCUUUGCAUGCGUAA